AUGUCCGCCAAGGCGAAGAAGCUGCCGCCUCUCCCCAAGCUGUGCAGCAGCCAGCCCCAGCUCUACCUCCGCGCCGACGGCCAGGGCGUCACGCGCGGCGCGGCUAGCGGUGCCUCCUCGUCGCAGCCGGCGCAGCCGGCGCUCGGCAGCGGCUUUGUCGGCGGUGCAGACGCGGGCGGGGGCAGCAAGGGGAUUCGGGCGAGGCGGCGGGAGAAGCCCGACACGGCGGGUGCGGGCUGGGGCAAUAUGCGCGCGCCCGAGAUGACGGCCGAACUCAAGCGCGAGCUGCUGAUGGAGCUUCCAAAGUACUUUCAGAUGGGGACGGUGCUCAACGACGGCAAGCUGCGCAAGCGAGCAAAGUCGCAGUUCCGAAAGGUGCAGCAGGCGACGAUGGCCGGUGUCAAGAAGCGGCCGGCAGGAAAGAGGGGAGGGAAGGGCGGGAAGAGGCGGUGA